AUGCUUGGAAAUGUCAAGGGCCUGUUUGCGCAAAAGUACGGGCGCGAUGUUGACACCGAGUAUGAUGCAGAUGGAACACCCUGGACCGUGACAGAAGGGACCGGUGUGCCGCGAGAUUGCCGCGUGGAGAGACUGGAGCAAAAGCUUGCAGAAGUCAAACGUCUUUUCGUUGCGAGGUAUGGCACCAGCUUUUUGACGGGCGAUAAUGACGAUUGGGAUGAGGCUAUCGACUUUAUGUAUGAUGAAGAUGGCACACUUUGGAUCAAGUCCACCACCACAGGUGGACCUUCGCGCAUUGCAUCUCCUCUUGAUGAAACCUUGGAGGGAAUGCUGCAGGAGGUAAAGACACUUUGCGACAAGCGAUUCGGCCACAAGCCUGUCGAAGACAUCCAAUCCUCGUGGAGUGAUGAGGACGGAGCGCCAUGGAUCCAAGUUGGUUCAUCCAGCAGUGGAGCCAGCACUGAGAAGGCACAGCCAUUCACGGGAACUUGCGGAUUGCAGCAGCCUGGUGCAAUUUUAGAAAAGGCUACAACAGAGGAGAGCUACAAACCGUUGUGGUCGCCAGGAUUGUGA